AUGAAAUCAGCACACGUUUUCAAGACGUCUGACGAGCAAUUUGAAGUCCGGAUCCAGGACAUUCCCAUUCCGAAGCCCGAAGCAAACCAGGUUCUCAUCAGAGUCGUCGUCUCAGGCACAAACCCCAAAGAUUGGAAACAUCCACUACGAUUCCCAGAAGCUAGUGGGAUGAACACUGGUGAUGACAUUGCCGGGUAUGUCGAAGCAUUCGGCUCCAAUGUCACCGAGUUCAAGGUCGGCGAUCGCGUUGCAGCGUUCCACCAAAUACGCACUCCGAACGGGUCUUUCGCAGAGUAUGCAGUUUCGUGGGAAAAGACGACUUUCCACCUGCCCAAUUCGACCUCGUUCGAAGAGGCGGCAACGAUUCCCCUCGCUGCUAUGACGGCCGCCGUGGGACUCUUUUGUCGACUAGGCAUACCUGAGCCAUGGGUCACCGUGUCUCAGGCACGCAAAGAUGCUCUGGCGGGAGGGGUGGUCGUCUAUGGCGCUGCUUCGGCCGUAGGAGCAUUCGCUGUCAAACUCCUCGUGCGCUCGAAGAUACACCCUGUCAUCUGCGUGGCAGGUCGCGGAACCUCCUUCGUCGACGGUCUCAUUGAUAGAUCUCAAGGCGACACCGUUGUCGAUUACCGUGCCGGAAACGACAGUGUCGUUGCUGGAAUUCGUGCUGCUAUCCCCCAAGGCCAGAACCUCAUGUACGCCUUUGACGCAGUCAGUGAGAAGGGAAGCUACCAGAACAUCACGAAGGUUCUCGAUUCUCGUGGGCACCUCAGUUUAGUCCUUCCUGGGCAAGUAAGCCCAGAGACGAUCAAUAAGACUUUGACCAUAGUCAGCGUCGUGCACGGUGGUCCGGAUGACCCCACGGAUUUUGGGUAUGCUUGGUUCCGCCUGUUCAGUUUGGGCCUCAAGGAGGGUUGGUUCAGUGGGCAUCCCUAUGAGGUUAUUCCCGGCGGACUGAACGGAGUGAAAGUUGGGUUAGAGAGAUUGCAGGCUGGUAAGGCGAGUGCUGUGAAAUACGUAUAUCGCAUCGAUGAGACUGCCGGUAUUCGAUCGUAG